AACAAAACUAUCGAUAAUAUUGUUUGACAUUUGACUUUUGACAAUCGAAUCGAGCGGCAACACUACCAACCCUACCGUACAUACGCCGCCAUUUAUGUUGCUUUUUCUUUUGCUUGUCAGAAUUGGCUGAAUAGAAGCCGCAAAAUGCAGUUGCACAUCAGAGGACAGUCGACGCACGUCUUGGACGUCAAUGGCGAAGAGACCAUUGGUCAAGUUAAGGACCGCCUCCGGGCCCUGGUUGGCACAGAUGCUUCGGAUCUGACCCUGUCAUUAGCCGGUGCUCCCUUAGAAGACAGCCACUUGGUUUCUGAGCUGUCCUCCAUUGAACUUGACCUUACAGUACCACUGCUUGGUGGUAAAGUGCACGGUUCUUUGGCUCGUGCUGGUAAGGUAAAGGGGCAGACCCCAAAAGUUGAGAAACAACAAAAGAAGAAGAAGAAGACCGGCCGUGCCAAGCGUAGGAUCCAAUACAACAGAAGAUUCGUAAAUGUUGUGCAGACCUUCGGCCGCCGCCGUGGACCCAACUCCAACUCGUAGGAUAUGACUAUGUAAAUAAAAUGCAAAUAUAACAUCUUGUUUGCGAA